AUGGCAGAGCCAGAUGGCUUCAUCAGCACAUUUGAUGAGCACGGUAACACUUUGGAUGUCCCAUAUCCCAGAGAGAAUGGUCUUCCAAUGCACCCAAGCGCCAUCAUCAAUCUUCACAAUGCCGGCAAUCUGCCUGGUACCUUGGUUCGAACAGUGCCAGCGAGCACCGCGGUUCUGCUUUUAUACGUUGCCCAAGACAAAUCAAUCACCGAUGCGGGCUCUAUUACAUAUGACAAUCUUGCAGUCAGACUGAACGAUAUUUACCGGCCCCUAAUGGACGUAUACUUAUCUACAAGCUCCAUGCAUCGUGGACCCUAUCCAUCUCCACCAUCGACUCGUAAACGACCCGCCUCUGUUCCAGGCCCACAAGAGUCACCAACAAAGCAUUUGAAAAGGAUUCGAACAAGACAUUCAACUGUGGCUCCAGCUACUUCCGCGCCGGUGAAAACUAAUACUCCUCUGCCCGGCGUGUACUCCUUACCAGCUCCCUUUGGAGCCUCUGGGGAACUACCACCAGAUGCAAGCGACGACGAACUUGUUUCUUUUUUUAUGGAACUCAAUGACGCAACUAUUGAACUGAAGGGUAUUAUUGUGUACGAUGAAACAAUGAGGUCCAAGGGGAUAUUCACACGCAGUUCCAUCGAUAUCGAGGUUCUUAUUGAGCAACUUCAGUAUACAAUUUUCUCAGAAGCUCAGAACGAGGAGCAUGCGCGCCGUAAGCUAAUUCAGGACCAGCAGGAGCUACGGUUCCUACUCAAAGAUAUUAAGGGAGCAGGAGUCGGGCCCAAUAAUGAAAUGAUUGCAGGGCCUAGCGCUGCCUUUUUUGCCAUUGGUGAGAAACUACUUGUCUUUCGAGUUUACAAUUCAUAUGACAAGCUGAGUAUAGGAACCAAAGAUGAUCCUAUUGAUGUCGACGACGUGGAAGUAUGUGCUGACUGCAGUCAGGAGAUUGAUUCCAACAUACAUAAGGACUUGUGCCUCGGAACUUAUGAAGUUGAGUAA